UUCAGAUUACAAUGGAAAAAAACCCAACAUUGUGCCCUUCUUCUCCAUUCAACUUCUUCAAUUUUUCAUGCUUGUUUACAUUAAUCCUGAUGAGUGCAUUCCCAAUUCACAGCUUUUACUGUCUGUUCAUUGCUCUCUUACUCAGUUUUCAACAAGGAUCAGCAGGUGGAGGAUGCAAAACAUUGGUGGUUGAACAAUCAGGGCAUGGCAACUUUUCCACCAUUCAAUCAGCUAUAGACUUCAUUCCAUCCAAUAAUGACAACUGGUUUUGUAUCCAUAUCAAAGCUGGUACAUACAGGGAGAAGGUGAAGAUUCCAUAUGAUAAGCCAUUUAUAAUUCUCAAAGGAGCUGGAAAGAAAGAAACUUUGGUUGUUUGGGAUGAUCACCAAUCACUUCUACAAACCCCUACUUUCUCAUCUUUAGCUGAUAAUAUUGUUGUCAAAUGCAUGAGUUUUGUGAAUUCAUACAACAGUCCAAAUAGCCAAAAUCCAAGGGAACAGGCGGUUGCUGCAAUGAUCGGCGGCGACAAGUCUUUCUUCUAUAAAUGUGGGUUCUCAAGUGUGCAAGAUACUUUGUGGGAUGAUCAAGGCCGCCAUUACUUCAAAGAUUGCACCAUUGAAGGUGCUGUUGAUUUCAUCUUUGGCAAUGGCCAAUCUAUCUAUGAGGAUUGUGCUAUACAUUUUCUUGGAGAAGAGUUAGAGGCAGGUCUUGCAGGUUUUAUCACAGCACAAGGAAGAACCAAUCCAUUUGAUGCAAACGGAUUUGUGUUCAAGAAUUGCAAUGUGUUUGGCAGUGGCACAACUUUCUUGGGCAGGCCAUGGAGAGGUUAUUCCAGGGUGUUGUUCUAUAAUUGCAAAUUUUCAGACAUUAUUCAGCCUAGUGGUUGGCAGGCUUGGAAUUUCGUUGGCCAUGAGAGCGACUUAACUUUUGCUGAGUAUGGAAAUCAUGGACCUGGAUCUGAUACAUCCAGGAGGGUGAGCUGGGAAAAGAAGCUGGACGUUGAAACCGUGGAGCAAUUGAGUAGCAUGUCAUUCAUUGACACUGAAGGGUGGCUUCAAAGCCUGCCUGUUUAG